AUGGAUUUGCAAGAUCAAUGCAAUCACAUCUGCUACACAUCAGAAGGUAUGCUACCCAAUUUCAGGAGGUGGAGUCGGGCAGAUGAACAUCGAUCAGGCAAUGGUAAGAAGAUGUUCAGCCCAAGAGCUAAAAGAAAGCAAACAAGCCCAGUUCAUUCCUUAAGUCGAGCAGACCAGGAGGGGAAAAAACUGAUAGAGGAGAUUGUGGAGUUCAUUCCUGUGAGUCUAGCAGACUAG